CAUACUCAUAGGUCUUGCCCCAAAAACCAAAAUCCAAGUUUUCACUCUAACCAAAUUACACCAUAUCAAAGCACAUAUUCCAUGCACAUAUAUACUUCCUCAACCAACAAAAUAAAAAUGAGUUUUUCCAAAAGAUUUCUUGUUUUUAUUAUUUCUACAACCCUUUUUAUUUCCUUAUCAGAAUCAUCAACCACAAACCUCUACCUAUACGGUGGUUGCACACAACAAAUGUACACACCAAACUCCCCCUACGAGUUAAACCUCGACUCACUCCUCACCUCGUUAGUCAACUCAGCCACAUACUCCUCCUACAACAACUUCACCGUCCUAGGCUCCACCCAACAAGACAUAAUCUACGGUCUCUACCAAUGCCGCGGCGACCUCGCCAUGCCUGACUGCGCGUCAUGCAUCGCACGCGCAGUCACGCGGGCGGGCGACAUGUGCCGCAACACAUGCGGAGGCACGGUCCAGCUCGACGGUUGUUACGUGAAGUACGAUAACGCUACUUUUUUGGGCGUGGAGGAUAAGAAUGUUUUGUUGAAAAAGUGCGGGCCGUCCGUGGGCUAUAAUCCGGAGGCCAUGGGCUCAAGGGAUGCUGUGCUUGGCGGGCUUGUGGGGUUGGGUGGGCCUUUUAGGGUUGGUGGGUCAGGGAUUGUGCGGGGUGUGGCGCAGUGUACGGGGGAUCUUAGUUUUGGGGAGUGUCAGGAUUGUGUUGCGGAGGCGAUCGGACGGUUGAAAAGUGAUUGUGGCACGGCGGAUUAUGGAGAUUUGUUCUUGGGGAAAUGUUAUGCGAGAUAUUCUACUGGUGGGGCCCAUGAUAGUUCUAAGGCCCAUGGAAAAUUGGGUGAAAAGAAAUUUGCAAUGAUCAUAGGGUUAUUAGCAGGAGUAGCCAUAUUUGUUAUUCUCCUUGCUUUCUUAACCAAAAUUUGUAGGAAACAGGGUAAAUAAAUUAAAUGAAGUUUGUAGCACUCAGUGGCAUUCCCACAAAUCAAAUCUCACCUAUGGUCAUCCUCUAUGAUUUUGCUUUUGGCCUCUUUUGUUUCACGUUGUUCUUUCUUUAUCUUUUCUUUCCCUUGUUUCUCUUUCAAAUUUAAAAUUGAAUUCAAGAGAGGACUUUGAACCUUGAAGAGGAUGCCAAAAAAGAUGUGCAAGAAUGGGUGUUUUGUAUUUGAAUACAAAAGAAAAAAGAAAAAAGAAAAAAAAAAAGAAUUGAGUCAAGAGAUUCUAGUUGCUUUCCUCUCCACUUUACAAAGUUGUGUUGUCUAAUGUCUCAAGCUUUGCAAAGAAAAGUAAUUAUAUUAUUAAUUUGUUUCUGUAAAGUUCUAUCAUA